GCGCGGUAAUAAUCUUCUUCUUCAACUACGCACUCGUGUUGUUCGAGAUGCUGCAGCUGAAAGAGAUCGGCCUUCACAGCCUGAUGAACAUCACCCGUGGAGCCGUGCGUGUGGAGAAGAACCCCGACCUCUGCUACCUCUCCACCCUUGAUUGGUCCAUGAUCCUUGACUCGGUGGAGGACAACUACAUCAUGGCCAAUAAGAAUGAUCGUGAGUGCGGAGACGUCUGCCCUGGCACUGUUCAGGGCAAAACCACCUGCCCCCUCACCACCAUCAACGGGGACUUCAGUGAGCGCUGCUGGAACCAGAAGCAUUGCCAAAGAAUGUGCCCAUCGUCAUGCAAGCACCGUGCCUGCACUAAAGACAACCAGUGCUGCCAUGACCAGUGUCUGGGCGGCUGCUUGGAGCCCAGGUCGUCGAGCAAAUGCGUGGCCUGCCGCAACUACAUGCACAAUAACAUCUGCGUUGACAAGUGCCCACCUGGUUUCUACACCUUUAAGGGCUGGCGCUGCGUCAGCUUCAGCUUUUGCCAGGAACUUCACAACAAGUGUAAGCAGAGCAAAGGUGACUGCCACCAAUACGUCAUCCACAACAGCGCCUGCAUCCCAGAGUGCCCUUCUGGGUACACCACUGUGAACUCAACUUCGUUGAACUGCACCCCUUGCGCUGGCCUCUGUCCCAAGGUGUGCAUGGGGCUGAAGACAGUGGACUCAGUCACUUCUGCGCAGGCUCUGAGAGGAUGCACUGUAAUCAACGGCAGCUUGGUCAUCAACAUCCGCGGAGGGAAUAACAUAGCCUCAGAGCUGGAAGCUAAUUUGGGACAGCUAGAGGAGAUCACUGGCUACCUGACAGUACGACACUCAUACGCCCUAGUCUCUCUAUCUUUCCUUCGCAAGCUCCGAAUCAUCCAUGGAGAGACACAGGAAGUUGGGAAUUAUUCAUUCUACGCCCUCGAUAACCAGAACCUGCGUCAGCUGUGGGACUGGACUAAACACAACCUGACCAUCAACCAGGGUCGCAUGUUUUUCCAUCAUAAUUCAAAACUCUGCAUGUCAGAAAUACGGAAGAUGGAGGAGGUGACGGGCACUAAGAAUCGGCAAGCAAAGAAUGACAUCGUUUCAAAGACCAAUGGAGAUCAGGCUUCAUGUGAGAGCCAGGUUUUGAAGUUCACACAGAUUCGCACGCUUUCUGACAAGAUCAUAAUUAAAUGGGAACCAUUCUGGCCACCAGAUUUUCGAGACCUCUUGGGAUUCAUGGUCUUAUACAAAGAGGCGCCAUACAAGAACGUGACUGAGUUUGACGGUCAGGACGCAUGUGGCUCUAACAGCUGGGUCAUAGCAGAUGUAGACCCUCCGCCUCGUGCCACAGAUGGAAAGGAGCAGCAGGAGCCCGGGUACCUCAUCCUCCCUCUGAAGCCAUGGACACAGUAUGCCAUCAUGGUCAAAACCCAGCUCUCCGCUUCUGAUGAACACCAAGUCCAUGGAGCAAAGAGUGAAAUCAUCUAUGUCCGCACCAAUGCUACCAAACCCUCUGUGCCCCUGGACCCCAUAUCCUCAUCGAACUCCUCAUCUCAGAUCAUUCUGAAGUGGAAGCCCCCUAAUGAUCCCAAUGGAAACAUCACACACUACCUGGUCUUCUGCCAGCAGCAACCAGAGGCCAGCGAGCUCUAUAAGUUUGAUUACUGUCAGAAAGGUAUGAAACUGCCCACCAGAGCCCCCACACAGGUGGACAGUGAAGAGGAACAGAAGUGGAACCAAACCGAAGAGCAGGGCCAAGGUGGUCGCUGCUGUGCUUGCCCCAAAACAGAGAAACAGCUGAAGAAAGAGGCGGAGGAGACUGAGUACCGCAAAACCUUUGAGAACUACCUCCAUAAUGAAGUCUUUGAGCUCAGGACAUCACGACAGCGCAGAUCUCUGGUGGGCAUUGCCAACAGGACCUCUUCUCGUCUUUUCACUACACCUUCUUCACUGCCCAAUGGCUCUGCCACUCGUAGCCCAGAGGAGGAAGCAGAGGCCAAUAAGAUCUCCCUGAUUGUUCAGGCCAAGGAGUCAACGGUCAUCUCCAAUCUGCGCCAUUUCACCAGCUACCAGAUAGAAAUCCAUGCCUGCAACCAUGAGACUGACCCCUCUCGCUGCAGUAUGGCGGCUUAUGUCAGUGCCCGCACCAUGCCUGAAGAAAAAGCAGAUGACAUUGUGGGGUCGAUAACCUGUGAUGUGUCUGAGUACUCCGUACACAUCAGGUGGAUGGAGCCUAAGGCCCCUAACGGCAUGAUUAUUCUCUAUGAAGUCCAUUAUAAGAGACUGGGAGAUACAGAGGAGCUGCACCAUUGCGUAUCCAGGAAGAAUUAUAUUGCAGAUGGAGGCUGCAGGCUGAGAGUGGUGCAUCCUGGGAACUAUACAGUGCGGAUCAGAGCCACCUCUCUGGCAGGCAAUGGAUCAUGGACAGAGCCAAAACACUUCUAUGUGCAAGACCUACGUGUGGACCCAUCCAACAUGCUGAAGAUUGUGAUGGCUCCUGUGAUCUGUGUCUUUCUACUCAUCUUGAUGGGAGGUGUGGGCUUUUUCAUUUUAAAGAAAAAGCAAACAGAAGGUCCGACUGGCCGACUUUAUACCUCUCCAAAUCCAGAGUAUUUCAGCCCAGAUGAGGUGUAUGAGCCAGACGAGUGGGAGGUGCCUCGUGAAAAGAUUAAUCUGUUGCGAGAGUUAGGCCAGGGAUCAUUUGGGAUGGUGUAUGAGGGCAUCGGAAAGGACAUAGUUAAAGGUGAGCCGCAGACCUGUGUCGCUGUGAAGACGGUUAACGAGUCGGCCAGCCUCAGAGAGAGAAUUGAGUUCCUCAACGAAGCUUCUGUGAUGAAGGCAUUCAGCUGCCACCAUGUGGUGAGGCUCCUGGGAGUGGUGUCUAAAGGCCAGCCAACUUUGGUGGUGAUGGAGCUAAUGACACAUGGAGAUCUGAAGAGUUUCCUGCGUUCUCUCAGACCUGACUCCGAGAAUAAUCCAGGUCGGCCUCCUCCAACACUGAAAGAGAUGGUUCAGAUGGCUGCUGAGAUAGCAGAUGGCAUGGCUUACCUUAACGCCAAGAAAUUUGUGCACCGAGAUCUUGCUGCUAGGAACUGCAUGGUGGCCGAAGACCUGACUGUAAAAAUUGGAGAUUUUGGCAUGACGAGAGACAUUUAUGAGACUGAUUACUACAGAAAGGGCGGGAAGGGCCUGCUUCCUGUGAGAUGGAUGGCCCCUGAGUCGCUGAAGGAUGGAGUUUUCACAGCUCAUUCAGAUUGCUGGUCGUUUGGCGUGGUGUUAUGGGAGAUCAGUACUCUGGCUGAGCAGCCAUACCAGGGGCUGUCCAAUGAACAGGUCCUGAAGUUUGUGAUGGAGGGAGGAUAUCUGGACAGACCGGACAACUGUGCAGACAGAUUGCAUAGCCUGAUGCAGAUGUGCUGGCAUUACAAUCCCAAAAUGAGGCCCACCUUCCAGGAGAUCAUCGAGAUGCUCCGAGAGGAUCUGCAUCCCUCGUUUCAGGAGGUCUCCUUCUUCUACAGCGAGGAGAACAAGCCACCGGAGACAGAGGAGUUUGAUAUGGACCUGGAGAACAUGGAGAGCAUCCCGCUGGACCCUUCCUCAUACUCUCAGAGGGACUGCUGUCUAGACGGUGAUGAGGGCUCAUCCGUGGGCCUUCGGGGCAGUUAUGAGGAGCAUGUGCCAUAUACACAUAUGAAUGGCAGUAAGAAAAACGGACGCAUCUUAUCCAUACCUCGAUCUAAUCCUUCUUAAUAUUAUUACCCCAUCAAGCUAAAUUAGAUUGGUUUUCAUCAUUUUAUAGAUUCACUUUCAUCAAGCUCUAUAUCAAAAGCUAAUCAGAAAGUAAUCUCAGGACAUUUUUCUUUACUGCCUCAGUAUGAUGAUGAUGAUACAGGGUGCAGGUUUUUUUCUUGUAUUUAAAGAUACACAUCAACUGCUUCUUUUCUGUCUUUGUGUGAGUAUAUAUAUAUAUAUAUAUUUGCCAAGUUUCAAGGACUGGUCAAAUGGAACAAACUGUGAAAUUAACCUCAGACAACCAAAAGGCUGCUUUAACAUUACAUCUCCUCAGACUUUCCCCUCAUCCACCAUGACUCUGUCCAGGAAAAAAAAAACAGAAUCUAGAAGAAAUUAAGAGGAAAAAAGUGACCUUACUCUGUUUGUGGCCUAUGUAAUGACAAGAUGGAGUUGCGUCUGAAUCUGCUUUGGUGGCAAACCUGUUGAACUUGGGAACUGUAGGAUGAGUGACGUUUAGCAUCCUUCCAAGAACAAACUGGCUACAGGGGAAGCCUGUACAAAACACUGCUUUACUACCUGCAACUCAGUAUUCCAGACUACACCGAGAACGAACAGAUUUUCGGACUAUAUUUUUUUAUUUAUUUGCCUACCUGUGCUCUUUUUCUUCUUUUUUCCCCCCGGUGUUCACACAUUUACAGCUGAAGGAUAUUUAAACUGUUUUCAGGACUUUUGACUAAAAGAGUUCCUCAGAUUGACCAAUAGUUGCUGCUUUGGUAUAUUUUAGUGGGUAUAGAUGAUGAUAAAAGUAUAUAUACAUAUAUUAUUGAUGUUUUUGUAAAUAGUUGAUAUGUUGUCCUUCGAGAGUUAUUGCCGGUUGUAGAAAAAUGUUUUUACAUGUUUGUCUUGAAUCUUUAUUUUUUCUAAUCUGAAAAUCAUACUAAUCAUCCUGGAGCUCUGAUCAGCCAGCUGCUCCAAGAUGCACAGGAGUUUCUAGAUGCCUUCGGAUUCAGAUGUCAAAUCUUGAUAUAAAUGGAAAUAACUGCUGUAAAUAAAGCAGUGAGGUGCAUUCAACAAGAGUG